AUGGGAAAUAACUAAUCAUAAAAUAAAAAUCAUCCCAAGCCUAAAAGCAAAAAAAAGGAACAACUUAAGAAAUUAUUUGUAAUAAAGAAGGAUAUGUAAGGAUCUAAAAUAUAUAUUUAGUCUAUUUUCCAAGUUAUCUUAAAAAACUUCUUCACUGAUUACAUGUUUUUUAAAUGUUUAAGAGUUUAAUAAUCUCCUUCAAGUGUCAAAAACUACGUAUUAAAUAUUUAGUUAAACCUCUGGUUGUUUUUAAAUAGAAUGCUAAAGACUCUUAAAUAUUAAAUGUGAGUUAAUAUAAUCCAAAAAUUGGAAAUUAAUAUUAUAAAGUGUAAUGAGUAUUCCAAUAAGAACAUUACCAUAUGGAGAAGCAAUUAAAAGUGUAAGAUAUUAGAUAAAAUAAUUCCCAAUGUUUAUAGAACAGAAAAUAAAUUAUAGUGGGUUUUAGAAAGCCAUUCUAUAUUAUGAAAAUUAAUUUAAUGAACAAAAAUAAAUUAUUAAGAGUUUUGAUUAUAUUGAAGCAUUAAACUUUGCAUCUAAUAAUACAGAUAUAUUAUUAAGAGUUAGGUAAGGGUUUGAAAUUCAUACAUAAUUACCAGAAUUACUAAUGUUAAUAUAUAAUUUGCAUGAUUAUGUAAAAAUAUUUUGUUAAUAUCUGGAAAUAAGAUUUUCUAAAUGUAAUCUAGAAUAGUUUAUUUAAAUUUGGUAACAUUAUUAGGGUUGGAUAAGUUCAGUAGAAAAUUAGACAUUUGAUUUAAUAUUCCUAUUUAAUAAAAUAAUAGAUGAAAGCUUGCCCUAAUAUAAGUUACCUAAAUAUACGAUUAGACAUUUUAUGGUAUGUGAAUGGAUGAAGAAAGCUGAUAAAGGACAAUUGAUUGUUAAAUUAAGAGAAGAUUUUAGAUUGUAAAUGAUAGAAUCUAGAAAUAAAAAUAAAAAAUCUUAGUUGUUGAGAUAAUAUAUUUAAUAUCUUAUUGAUAUUAGUACUAAUUAAAAUAAUAUUCAAUAAUAUGGUUAUUAUAACUUUUAAUAUUGUUAAGAACUUAAUUAAUUAAUUAAUUUAGCAAUAGAUUUAACUCCUAAAUUAAAUAUAGAGUAUUAAUAAGAUGAGGAAUUAUUAAUUUAUAUAUUUGGAUAGUAUGUAUAUGAUUAUUAUGUGUUUGAAUUAUCAUCUGCAUUUAGAGUUGAUCAGUUUAAAUGUGAAAUUAAGUAAUUUCAUUAAGAAAGUUAAUAGAUGUCUAAAAUUUUAGUUAAAAAUUUUGAAGAUUAACACCUUUAGAAUAAUUUAUUUGUAAAUGAAGUUUAGAACUUUAAAUACUAUUUAUAAUCAUAAUACAAUGUUUAAUUGAAAAUAAAAUCUUUAUUCAAAUAAAUAACAAUUAUGGAUGAUGAUAUUAAUAAUUCUUCUGAGAACAUUAUAGCAGAAAGUUUAGGGACAUCAGGUAUUUCAUUAACAUCUACAAAUUGCAGUUCAGUAUUUUCAAGUGUAAAAAAUAAUGAUUAAUUAUAUCAUUAUAUCAAAUUUUAUUAAAAAGAAUUAUUUAAUAAAAUUUAAAAGUUUUGUUGCAAAUAAUAAGAUGUAUACCAGUAUUCAUUAGAAUAAGAACCAUCUAAUGAAAUUAUAUAUGAUGUUCCAGAAUUAGCUGAAUAUGAUUAUAUUUCGCAUUAAAAUCUAAUGGAUUUAUUUUACAAUAGAAUAAAACGAUCCAAUGCAAUAUAUUAAUUAGAAAGAAGAUAAACUAUUUUAACAUCUAAUUACCAGAGUAAUCAAUAAUAAAUCUAAACUUAAUCACUUAAUCAAGCAGAAUAAAUGUUAAAAUGCCUUUUAAAAUGA